UAAUAAUAUGAUUAAUAACUGCAGAGUAUGUCUAGGCUGCAGAUGAUCUGUACCUGUACUCAAUAUUAAACUCUAGCCUGAAAUACAAUGGUUCAUUAUAACACCAGUGCACUGCCCUCUAGCAUAACCAGCAAUGGCAACUUUGUGGUUUUGGAGUUAGUAUCGCACAGCAAUGGAUUACCAGUAUGUAUUUGGCAAAUAUUUUAUCACUGGCACCAUUUUACCAAUGGCUAAUGCCAGUGCCUAUUCUGUAAAUGAUUAUGAACUCUGGAAAACCAAACAGUACUGUAUGUUUGCUUUUAUUUCCAAACUGAUCUAGAGCUAUACCUGCAUUCUUUCACAAUACACUGCCUUGAGUUCAGAUAUAGUGUGUGUAUCUGUCAGGUUUAAUCAGUGCUAAUUUAUAUUACAGUGCCAUAAAGUACUGAACCUAUGCAGGAAACUGAGAAAUCUAUAUCAUCAUGCAUCAUACAGAAAAACGCACAGCACUGGGAAGUUGAGACACCUAAUAGAAGGAGACAUUUACACUGCAUCUGUGGUUGAUUUGUGAGAAGGCUAACUCAUACAUUCAGUCUGUUUGGUUUCCUCUUUUUCUGUAUUUUCUCAAACGUGGUAAAAGCAGAAGCUAGAAGAGGUGAAGAGACCUUUCUUUAAGACAGAGAGGGGAACUUGCAGUACAAAAUAAUCCAAACAAUGGUUUUGUUCCUGGAAUCAUAGUGAUUCUCAGUUAUAGUAUUCCAAUUUAAUUUUUGUAGAACAAAGGAAUAACACAUCAGAAGACAUCCGAUAGAGGUGUUCGAUUGAUCUUACAAAUUAUUCAUUAUUUAGACCUGAUUUAACCAUGUGGCAUUAAAAGGUUUGCAACCUAUCAGGAUGGACAAAAUUGCCAUAUUUAAGUAUUUUAUAGGCAAAUACACAUUUAUUUGCCAAAUACACUUUAUCGCAGGAAUGCAAUUCCAUUUUAAUAUUGCAAAUAAUAAUCUUUCAAGCAGUUGCUGCCAAAUUCUUCCAUGUUACCGUUCACUGUGGUUAAAAAUGUGUAUAAUAUUUUUGCUUUGAAACCAAUUAUUUUCUGCAUUUGGUUAUCUGUCAAUGGAUCAAUCAAUUUGUAAUCCACACAACCAUCCAAAAUCAACAAAAAUUGUGCACAAACUGUAAAGGAUGAAUACAGACACACCAUGCAGUUCAUCCAUACCAUGUGUUAACUUAUAUUACUGUCACUUUUGGAGCAACAUUUAUUUAUUUAUUUUCAAACAUAUGGUAAUGAGCUAAUGUUGAUUAUUGUGUUUUGGGGGCACGGAUUCUCAUUAAUGCACGACAUAUUCCAGAGAAUUACACCUCUGUGACAAUAAGCGCUAAAACGGCCUAAAAAAAACCCUGUGAUAAUACUGUUUGACUUCAAAAUAAGUCACCUGAAAGAGAAUUUGGUGUGCGCUACAGCGAGACUCUCAGAGAUAUUAUCAGAAACAUCACAUACUCUUGCUCAAAGAAAACAAACCACUGAAGUUAGAUUAGUUUGCAAGACAGUGAGAAAACUGAUUUGCAAGUUCCAGAUAAGCCCUGCAGAUGUUGUUGUUAUUUGUCUAACUGAUAGCUAUGGUAACUGUUUGUCUUGUAACAGGAUCCCUGGUAUAGCUAACACAAUAAUUGUAUAGAUCUCAGCUAUUUUCUGUGAAAAAGGUGGAUAAAAGUGAAUAAAAGAGGUCAUUUUUUAAUAUGUUGCUCUAAGAUGUGUUUCUUUCAAAACUACACACUUGAGACCUGCAUUGCUAAUGUAACUGCACAAAAGGUAGUCCAAGGUGCAGGAAGAUGGGCCAGAACUGGAAGAUGUUGGUUCUACUGGCAAUGCUUCUGAAUACUGCAAACGGAAUUGCCGCGUCUCAGUGUGGAGAGGUAUCAGUCGAGUCACCUGUGGUUGUGCUGGGCUCCUCUGUGACUGCCUCCUGUGAAAUUGGAGACAAUUGUGCUUUCUUUGAUGGACAGGAUAUUCAGAUAGAAUGGCGUCUCAACAAUGGCGUUAUUCCAAAAAGUCAAUACACAAACCAAACUAUCCGAAAGUCCAAUUUAACCAUCCCAUGUUUUAAUACAACCCAGGGAUAUCUGUCCUGCUUUGUCGUUCUUCACAGACAGGCUCAACUUGUCGCCCUUGUUCAGAUCACAGCCGGGUAUCCACCUUCAAAACCAAGCAAUUUAAACUGCAAGACCAAUCUCACUGAACCUGUGACAUUUUCAUGCACAUGGAACCCAGGGAGGGAAACUAACCUCCCAACACAAUUCACUCUGCACAAGAAAGACAGUUGGCUCAAUUGUACAAAAUUUCUUGAGACUGCUUCAAUUCCAUGCAAGGGAGAGCAUUCUUGCACGAUGCUACGUAAGGAUUUUCAUCUGUAUCAUGAAAUGGAAAUUUCAGUAACAGCCCACAAUGCUUUGGGAAAUAACACUUCAGAAUCUAUUUGUCUGGAUUCAAUGGAUGUUGUAAAACUGGACCCACCAAUUAUAUUAUCUUUAAAAGCCAAUCAGGAUAAGUGCUUGGAAAUUGAAAUGCAAAUGCAAAAACCUGAAUGGCUACAAACAAAUAAAUUUUCAGCUAGAUUUCGCUAUAAGCAAGCUGGUGCUCUACAAUGGACAGUGGAACAACCAAGAAAAAUGGGUGGAGGAGCUCUGAAGCAGUGUGGCCUCCUUCAUGGUACCGAAUAUCAAUUCCAAGUGCAAGUCAGAUUCGGAGCGGGCCAUUGGAGCGAGUGGAGCAUUGAGAAAACCGGGUCCACUCUUGAAAGCGCUCCCUCUGGAAAGCUAGAUGUGUGGUGGAAGGUGGGGGCUGGGGAAUCCCCGAGACUCACUCAAGUUAAGCUUUUUUGGAAGCCUGCAAACCAGUUUAGAGCAAAUGGUAAAAAUCUGUUGUACACAGUGUUCUUUCAAACGUCGACAGGGAUCAGAAAUCCUCUCUGCAGCACGUCUGAAUUGCAUUGCGCCUUCCUUCAGCCGGAAGGUGUAAACCGAGUGUAUGUUACAGCUUCCAACACUGCCGGGGAAUCAGUCCCUACUGAAGUCUGUCUUUAUAAAAAAAGAGCUCUGGAGUCACCAGUAAGCAUCAAUGCUUCAUUAUCUGAUGACCACAGCCUCUGGAUCCAAUGGGAAGCGCCCAAGUCGCUGCCUGUUACCGGCUAUGUGAUUGAAUGGUGUGUGGUGUCUGAAACUCUCCCCUGCCGUAUCUCUUUUACGUUAGUGCAGCACAAUUGUACUAAAACUCUAAUCACUGAAAAUAUUGAGCCCUUUAAGUGUUAUACGAUAUCAGUCUAUCCAAAAUACAAAGAUGGGUUUGGGCUCCCUGUGUCUGUGGAAGCAUACUCCAAACAAAGAGCUCCAUCAAAAGUUCCCAAAUUGAAAGUAGAGGACAUUGGGGGGUCAUAUGCAGAGUUAGCUUGGGAUUCAGUACCAGUGGAUGAGAGAAAUGGUUUCAUCAGAAGCUAUACCAUUUUCUACAGCGACAAGGAAGGGAAAACAGGUAUGAGAGUGGUAGAUGCCCCUGAAAUGAGAGUGAUUCUGGAAAAUCUGAAACCGUCCACUGAGUACAAAGCAUUCAUAAUGGUGAGCACAGAUGCAGGGAGCUUAAAUGGGACAGCUUUGACCCUGAGUACUACCAUAUUGGAUCACUGGACUAUUAUAUCCACCAUUUUGCCAGUCUGUAUCAGCCUAACUUUGUUCUUAGUAAUUACUGCGUUAGCCUGCUUCAUAAAACAUGACAAUUUAAAGCUGAGUAUUUGGCCCAUGGUGCCAGACCCUGCUAACAGCAGCAUUUGUAAAUGGACGCCACCUUCAACACAAAAGAUGAAUCCUCGUCUGUCGACUGUUAAAGACCAUUCAACCACAAUCUUCUCUCAGGUUAAUGUCCUGGAUGUUUCUACGAAGACACCUGAAGAAAAAGACCAGAAGCAGAUAAGGAAAGCUGAAGAGGCAGGGAGUCAGUCCCGAGGAAACAGCAGCGGGCUUGGAGAGUCAAUCCAGGAUUCAGUCUUUGACAGCAGCAGUGACGACAUGAGCCCCAGAGCCUACCAGAACACCCCUCGGGUAGAGUAUUCCUCGGUCAUUUGCAAUGGCUACAAAGGCCAGCAGAACCCCAAGCACUUGAGGUCUGACUCUACUCAACCCCUUCUCCAUGAUCUGUCCCCAAGCCCAAAGCAGUGUGAAAAUAUAUUUUUCCAAGGAGCCAAAGAAGGGGUCUCCAAGGCCUGUCAAGACGAGGAGCCUGGGGAGAAAGUGUGUAUUGCAUCCUGGGAUGACUUCCCACUAUUGAGAGGCCUGAUGAUUAAUGAGGAGGUCGAGAAAGACAGUGCUCCUUGAACAUGUGGAAACAGUCAUUAACCCUCUCACCUACAUGUUUGAGUCUGGGGUUAUCUUCCUCUUUGCAAAUCUUUUGCACAUCACUUUUAUAAUGGAAGGAGAAUUCCACUUGAAAGUUGUCUUAUGGUUGCAUAUUAGACUAUUAUCUAACAGAUCUUGUAACAUGUAUCUGGGUUUACACGACACUACAAUAUUGUUUUUUUGGCAAUCACAUUUUUGACAAUCAAUGAAAAGUACAACAACAGCAAGAUUUGAAGAUAAAAUCAUAUUCUUAUGUGUGCCUUUUGUUACGAAAUAGUUUUUUUUUUAUAAAGAUCUUUUGAAUUUAUUGCAUUUCUCUAUAUAAUUUUAUAAUUUUAUAUUGUUAUGAGUUUGUGUGUCACCAAAGUGUUUUUGAUGGUAAUUUAAAGACUAUGAUUUGUGUCUGAGUGACUGUGUACAGCUGAUGAAGUUAACGUGUGUCAGUACAACAGUACAUUAUACAGACACUCAUAUUGAACUAAAACAGAUUUAUUAAUUAGUACAUAAAUGUAACAUAGAUUUCUUGGUACAAAUUUGUAUUUUUAAGACAAAAUUUCAGCUGAAAUCAGUACAAGAAUUAUGUGUCUCUCAAAGAAAACUAUGUACAGUAUGUAGUUUGUCACAAGUGUUCAGCUCAAAUUUGGUGGUUUAUUACAUUAGCGAUUCUGGCAGACACUUACACGUUUUGUUUUUAAAUAUUCUAUUGAAACUGAUGAUCACAACAACAAAGGAAAACCAGGUAGAAAGACUCUUGUGGCACAGUUUAUUUGUUUUUGAAUUUAAGGAUAGCACAUGCAAGUUUCUUGACUGUUAGAAAUGCAGUUUCGUGAAAAUCGUGUCUGUGUGUUAGCUUUGUGAUAAAGCCAUGUGUGUUUGUUUGUCAGCUCCGCCAAGACUGGAUACUACAAUAUUCUAUCACUGUAUUCCAAAUGCUGCUUGUCCAUUAGAUUC